UGGCAAGUUCCACGUUAUUGAUGAGUCGGAGCCGGCAAAACGGACUAAAGGUAAGUCAGGCAUUCCACAGACUAAGUAGUAAGUAUGGAAGGAAACUGCAUCUAUUAAGAUAUUUUACUUGACGACAGCAAAUCAUAUACUUUAUUCUUUAUUCAUAUACACUUGAUAUAUGCGGUAAAAUUAAUACAAAACAAUAAAAUGUAACAAU